UCCGUCUGGGAUGCUCAACGGCCUAUUUUCGCGCGCGAAGUGUUCAGUUCAACGAUAUUUCGCGCAAUGACCGUGUCACCUGCCGCUACAGUUAGGUUGGCUGUACUCCUUGUUCUGUAUGGGGCUGUUCUCGCCGAUACAAUCUUCUCGUUGGAGGCUGGCAAGACACAUCAAGUCAAGAAAGGGCAUCACAAGAAGCAGAAACAGCACCCCAACCGAUGGCCCAAUUUAGAGGAUCGUCAUUCGCAAGAAGACCCCUGGAAUGACUCGGAAUACGCGGAGAGCGUGGCAAGCUCCGAAGAGGACGGUGACCCGUGGGACGCGUACACGUCUCUCCCCACCGUUCGCAUGAUACACAAGGGCGGGCUACUACCACCAGUGCUUGCGCACGCCACCCCGCAUAAUUUGUCCGAAGACGAGUCACUGGAGCCUGUCACCAUAUGCGGACCAGGUUGGCACGCGCCCCUCGACAAGCGCCCAUCCAGGGGACAGCGUACUCUAGAACAAAAAACUCAGAUGUCCUUUCCUGGAGUGCAGUUCUUCUUUGGCAACGUGGUGCCACCCAAUUUGGCCUCAGGGUCAUUGGCUGAUCAAGGAGACUUCGACAACUUCAAAAGCAACAAGCCGAGCGAGGAUGACGAUGCUCCUUUCAUAGUUUCGUAGAAAAUCUGUGUUAGCUAUACCAAGCCAAGAAUGUGUCGUCAGAAACGACCGAAUACACAAUCUGUAUUGAACAACCCACACUCGGAGUUGAAGUGCAAGCACACCAUUUGAAACAACUGAAAUAAAUUCAUUUA